AUACUUAUGUUGGACAACUUAUGUGAUAAACUAGAAUAUGUAUGCGAUAUACAAGAGGAAAUAGACCAGACGCCAGAAAUUACUACGGAAAAAAUAGCUAGUGAAUAUGCAAUCGAUGGCACUACGACGGAGCAGUCACCGGGUAUGACAACAGAGACGACAUCAACGGAAAACCCAACUGCAGACGCAUCAACGUUAAAUGAAUAUUCGACAUUUGACGUUACUACAGACGGGUCAUUGGAAUUGACAACAUACAGCGAGACAAUAGAAGGUAACCCAACUUCAGACGCAACAUUUAUAACGUUUAGUGGGUAUGUAACCAUCGGCGUUAUGACGGCUACAGUAAUAGAGCAUACGCCGACUACUACUAACGAUGUGUUAACACAAUGCAUGAAAACAGAAGCGACAAUCUCAGGAACAGCUUCCAGGGCACUGGCGUUCGAUGCCUGUUCCUUGGGGCCAUUCGACUCGCUUGCCAACGUGACAGGAAUUGGGGAUUACACAGCAGACAUGUGUGGAGCAUGUUUGGAAGUCACUGGAACAAAUGGAGUUUGUCUGAAUGUUAUGGUAGCUGACAGCUGUGGUAAUUGUGGUUCCACUGAUCUGCUUUUGAGUGAAACAGCUUACAACGCUCUACUCGGGACUGUGCUUGAUAUUAAUGGUUAUAUUGAUGUAUUCUGGCGCCCUGUACCGUGUGUAGUCACAGGCUACAUGAUGUUUCAGUUUUCUAUAGGAAGUACAAGCGACGCCUGGAGCCUAUUGAUAAAAUAUCAUCGAUACCCAAUUGCGGCAGUGUGUGUGUAUCUUGCAAAAGAUUGUAUUAACCUCCCAAGGUUACAGUGGAGUAACUAUUUCGACAAAGCUUGGGGCUUGGGUAAUAUUCCAGCUCCUUUCAUGCUAAGAAUAACAUCGGACAGUUCACACGAUGUCUACUUCACCAUAGAAGACAUUGAUGAUUCUGUCAUAAUAGAAAGUGAUGUUCAGUUCCCUGUGUGA